AUGGUUGUCUUCUCCCGCACUCUAUUCUCUCUGGUCGCGAUUCUUGUUCCAAUAGCAUCCGCUUCCAGAUGCUCGCCAGCCUUUAUCGUGAAACCAAACUUGCCUGGUGCUACAAUCCUCGAUAUUCAAGCUCAGGAAAGGCAUAACUUUUCUGCUGUUAGUCUUGGGCCAGGAACAAACGAAGGCGGCCGAUAUACGAUCAGUUUCUGCAACAUCACCGUCACCCACACUCAUGCGGGCUGGAACGACACAAUCCAUACCCAGGUAUGGCUGCCGCUUGAGGAAUGGAAUGGCAGGUUUCAAGCAUUAGGAGGUGGGGGCUACGCUACAGGCUUUGGCGAGACCUACCUAACAUACGCUGUCGCAAGCGGAUUCGCAUCGGCUUCUACUUAUGGAGGCCUACCGGUGACAAAUGGGAAGGACAGUAUGCCCACAGACCUGUCGUGGGCGUUGAGCAGUGAGAACAAUGUGAACUGGUUCCUGUUAGAGGAUUACGCAUCGAAGGCAACAAGUGACAUGGCUGUGAUCGGGCAGCAAGUUACCCAGUCCUACUACAAAAAACCCGCAAACUAUUCAUAUUUUGCCGGAUGCUCUGGUGGUGGGCGGCAGGGGCUGCAGAUGGCACAGAAGUACCCGGACCUUUUCGAUGGGAUCUUAGCUGUUGCCCCGGCUCUCAACCUACAACGUUUCAUUCCUGCAGGCUUCUGGAGCUCACAAGUCAUGAACGAAAUCAAUGUUUACCCAUUGCCCUGUGAGGUCGAGGCUUUCACUAAAGCGGCCGUGGAAGCUUGCGAUCGACUGGAUGGAGUUGAAGACGGCAUCAUUAGCGACCCAGACCGCUGUCAUGUUCGGGCGUUCGACUUUGUGGGCAAGAGGUACACUUGCGACGGGAUUCAAAAGUCCCUCAGUGCUGACAGCGCGAAGAUUAUCCAAGCCGCUUGGUCUGGGUCACACUCUGUCUCUGAGAUUGACGGUUGGUAUGGGGUCAACAAGGACGCAGCUCUCGGCACUGCCUAUGUGUCUACCAAAUGCUCUGUGAAUAACACAUGUUACUCUUCUGGAAGUGACUUGUUCGGCAACUGGCUCAGAUAUCUUGUUGCAAAGGACCCCAACUUGUCAAUUAGUAACAUGACUCAGAAGGAGUUCUUCGACGCCCUGCGCUCUUCGAACCUUGAGUAUUCAGGGAUGCUCGGAACAAAUGACCCUGACCUGUCAAGGUUCAAGGCAAAUGGGGGCAAAGUGAUCGCCUGGCAGGGAAUGGCCGACGAGGUUAUCCCACCGCUUGGAACAAUUGCCUACUAUGAGGAAGUGCUGAAGCACGAUCCAAAAGCUCACGACUUUUACCGUUUCUUCGAAGCGCCCGGUGUCGGUCACUGUUAUGGUGGACUAGGGCCUGUUCCGAAUGAAGCGAUGUCCCAACUGCUUGAAUGGGUCGAGAACGGCCAUGCCCCUGCUGUUCUGCAUGCCACUAAAGGUAGCAAUAACACGGCGAGACACCUUUGUCCAUACCCUCUUCGGCAAAAAUACAUUGGAGGAGAUCCCAGAAACGCAACCUCCUUCACCUGCGCCAAAUAG